UAAUUUAUACGUUAACUAAUUUCAACCACUCAACAUAAAAAACAAGCAUUUUUCUGUAUAUUAGUCACUUCUUCUUCAUCAUUUCCUAGCGUCACACCAUUCAGCCAGCAGAAGUAAAGCAUAUGGGUAUGAUGGAGAACUCUGCAACAGUUAUGGCCCCAUUACUCCUUCGAAAUACGGUAAAAUCAGUACUCAUUUACGCCGACAAAUCCCUCUUGAACUUAGCCGGAAAAUACAAACUCCUCGAAAUAAUACGUUAUCUCAUCGUCACUGCUUUUCUUUUCUUUCUACGCUUGUUUCUUUCUUUUUUUCCUUCUAAUUAUUUACAUUCCUUAAAAUCCGACGAUGGGUACACGUUUAAGCCGACCCAAAGCAGUUACAUCGCCGAUUCCGGGAUCGGCGACUCGGGGAUCGGUCGGUCGCUUUGGCAGUUACUGGUUAGCGUUAAUGACAUUCCGGUUAGCUCGACCAAGUAUGGGAUCGUUCGAUCUUUAGCGGAAAGGCUUAUAGAAGGGAAUAAUAGGGAAGACGUUGAAGCUUUACGUGAAGUGAACCGGAGGGUUUUGUCGGCGGCUUUUUCGAGGACUAUUUGCCGGGUUGAAGCUGCGUUGAUUGAACUGGGGACCGGAUCGGGUCAGUUUCGGUUGGAUCGAGUUUUCCGGACGGUUCGGGAUGGAGUGUGGAGCGGGAGAGUGAUGGAGGAUGUGAGUAGCUGUUUGGGGAAUUCGGCGGAGAAGUUGGCGGCUGAGCUGCUUUGGUUAACGCAGAAAUUGGUUGGUUGUGGAUUUGAGGAAGAGGCUGUUGAGAGAUGGGCGUCGGCUUCGAAUUUGGCUCAGCUUUCGGUUGUGGCUGAAAACCGGGUUCAAGGUUCCCUCGUUAAGGUUUCGGCAUUCUUAUUCAGGCAAAUGAAGGAUAUAGGUUUGGAAGAGACUGAAGGAGGCAACAAAGAGAGGUUGAGGCAAACAAAGAUGAAGAUGCUAAUUACAUGGCUGCCAUUCCUAUGCAGAGGUAACAAUGGCACCGACAUACCGGUGUUGAGCCUAAGUGAAAGAGCCGAGCUCGAGAAGAUAUUGGAAGACGCCAUCGACAUGUUACAACACGAGGAGCAAGAGCAAGUGCUUUCACUUUGGCUUCACAAUUUCACGUAUUUCCCAUCCUCCGACUGGCCUAAUCUCCAUGCUUCGUACGCUCGCUGGUGCACCACUUCUCGCAAACUCUUUUUUUCCUCCAUUAAAGAUGUAAAGUAGAUAUAAUUUUGGAUAUGAACCUGUUAAAUGGUGUAAUUCAUAUUUCUUAAAGGAGAAAUGAGGAAAAAAAAAUCUUGGUACAGCUUUCUUUCCUGCAUUA